GGAGAUUUCUAGAGGGCACCAGGACAGGACCCACAGCCAUGGCCAUGCCAACAGUGGUGGCUGGGCGGGUUGCUAUCAGGAUGAAUGACUGACUCCAGGUAGCCUCCUGGUUCUCCUAUUCCCUCUGUUGGGGCUCAAGUGUUUUGGGAGAUGGUGAUUGGCUCAGUGGAGGUUCUGUCUGGCUACUUGCUGUGGGAGGGCAAUAGGACCUGUCCAGUUCAACAUCCAUCCUUUCCCCUUCCCAAACUGGACCUCUGGUGCCACUAAAAGGUGGUAUUGGGGUGAGUUGCCAAGAGCAAGAUUCCUCUGCACUCCCAAGGUUCACGAGGAGCAUUCUGUCUGAUGGGAAGUGUGGAAGGCUUGCCUUUCAGAUGCCUUCACUUUGUUCACAGAUAAUGGAGGAGUUGGCAGACGCCCUGACAUACUGCCACAACAAUAAGGUGAUUCACAGGGACAUUAAGCCAGAAAAUCUGCUGCUGGGUCUGAUGGGUGAGGUGAAGAUUGCAGACUUUGGCUGGUCUGUGCACGCCCCCUCCCUCAGGAGACAGACUAUGUGUGGGACUCUGGACUACUUGCCCCCAGAAAUAGUGGAAGGCAGGACCUACGAUGAGAAGGUGGACCUGUGGUGCCUCGGGGUGCUCUGCUACGAGCUGCUGGUGAGACGGCCACCCUUUGAGAGCCCCUCUCAGAGCGAGACCCAGAGGCGCAUCCUCAAGGUGGAUGUGACGUUUCCCCCCUCCAUGCCCGAGGGGGCCCAGGACUUGGUCUCCAAGCUUCUGAGAUACCAGCCCUCAGAGCGGCUUCCCCUGGCUCAGGUCCUGGAGCACCCCUCGGUGAAGGCGCACUCCCGGAGGGUGUUGCCUCCCGGUGCUCAGAAGGCUUCCUGAGCCCAUCUACCUCUGUCCUUCCUGUGCAU